AUGAUUUUCCAAUACACCAUCCUCGCCGCCCUGGCGACUAUUGCCCUAGCAAAGCCAACUCCCACCAGAACCACCAACUCGCUCCAGAACCGGGAUCUCUGCAACGACCACGAGAACCAGCUCGCAACAUGGUACGACAAGGGCACCGACCCGAACCAGAUCACGGCCUGCGGACACAAGUACGACCCUACCGCCAUCGUCGUGGCCAUUUCCACCGACGUGCCCAACUACAAGCAGUACUGCGGUCGACAGAUCCUCAUCUCCUCGCGGGAGCAGACGGCUGCGGUGAUUGCCGUCAUUGACGACGCGAAUGCCACGGGCACGCUGGGGGAGUUUGCGCUGGACUUGUCGCCGGCGGUGUUUGAUAUCCUUUCGCCGACGGAUCUUACGGUUGAUGCGGAUGGGGAGGUUGCUAUUGAUUGGGUUGUGCUGGGUGGUGAUCCGUGCCCUUGA